AUGGUGGUUCAUAAUCCCAACAACUGGCACUGGGUUGAUAAAAAUUGCAUCAGCUGGGCACGCCAGUACUUCGAAGAGAAAACGGCUGGCGUGAAAAGCGCGCCAAACGACUCAAAAAGCGUCGAAAUCACUUCGCUUUCUUCAUUGGAAGGCGAUUGUGAAGUCAGCCAACGCAAGGGUAAAGUGAUAUCGCUCUUUGACUUAAAAGUUGUGUUGAUGAUGAAAGGUAAUGUUGAUGACGAGGAUUUUGAAGGUAGUAUCACAAUUCCGGAGAUUGCCUUUGAUUCGGAACGUGAUGAUUACCAGUUUGAAAUUUCGAUCUACAAGGAAACAGGAAAAUCAAGUAAAGCCAGGCCUUUGAUUAAGGAAGAGAUCCUCCCACAACUGCGGGAUAUCUUCAGCAAGUUUGGACCUGAGCUCUUACAGGCGCACGCAAACGAUAUUCAAGUUCCCAGCAGUCAGGUUGCAUCUGAGUUCACAAAGGGCAAUUUACAGCAACCUCAGACAAGCGGCUCCGUCUCUCCAGCUCCAACAGUCUCGAAAGCUUUGCCAAAGAGCAACGAAAACGUCAAAACUAGUUCUGCAUCUGGUUCCUCGAAUGCUCCGCUUUACAACACCACAACCCUCCAUUUGGAACCAACAUUUAAUGUCCCCGCCAUUGAGCUCUACCAAACAUUCCUUGACAAACAGAGGGUCCAAGCAUGGUCAAGAUCUCCUUUAAUUUCUGAGGGUUCGAAGAGCAGUAUUGAAAAGGGUGAUGAAUUCACUCUAUUUGGAGGCAACGUUACUAGCAAACUUGUAGAAUGCGAUCUAGGCAAACGACUUGUUUUUGAAUGGCGCCUGAACGAGUGGCGCAAGGGCCACUCAAGUGUGCUAGCCAUGGAAUUUCACGAAUCAAAGGAAUAUCAUGAGACCAAAUUGCAGGUCACCUGGAGCGGAGUCCCAGUCGGCGAAGAGGACAAGGUGAAGGGCAACUUUAUGGAUUACUACGUAAGAAGCAUCAAAUUGACGUUUGGUUUUGGAGCAGUCUUAUGA